AUGGACGGGCAGCCCGUGCACGUACCAUUGGAGCUGGGUUUCAAAGUGAUGACCAGUCUCUUGCCCCGAAAUCCGCACGCAAUAAUUCCCGCCGCCCAUGAUGCAACACAGCUCCUCGUCACCUUCAGUCUCGUGAGCCUGGCAACCCACGGGGUCGCAGUUCAGAAGCUGAAGCCGCACUGCAUCUACAUCGACAGUGAUCAGAGGUUGAGCCGAUUCCUCCUGUGUCACAAAGAGUCGCUCAAAUCCACGGUCGACUUGCCAAGUCCCUUCCGCGACAUCCCCGCCCUCUAUCUGGCGCCAUUCGAACUCUUCUACUAUACCAGCAAUUCCCUACAGCGGCUGAUCGUGGACAUACUUUUCCAAGUCAUAUACGGUCCGCUUGAACAUUGGAACCGUGUGGGCCAGGUGCUCCGAGAGGGCUUCGCGCAAUUGACGGAGCUGGAAGAGUUUGUGAGCAUCCGCGAUGCGACGCGUUUCGUCAUGAAAAGCCACCCGGGUGAGGAACGGCCAUUGGCGCAGCAGUGGCCCAACCUAAAGCGGCUGGGGCUCCAUGACCCUGAUUGCUUUCGGGAGUUCUGGCAGUGCAUCGCCGGCAUGCCCAACCUGGAACAUGCUGUCAUAGCCUUGCCACUGCGUGUGUUGAGCGUAUGGACCUACGUGAACGACUUCAUGGCGCUCUUUCAGCAGCGCACAGAAUGGCCCGUGACGGUUGUGUUUGCGCAAAACCAGCAGCUGGACCUGGAUCUGCCGUGGCUCAACAAGUUGACGCCGCCUACGGCGGUGGGUGAAGAAGAAAUGGUGCGCGUCAUGGCUUGUCAGAUGCCAAAGCUUGAAGGCUCCGUCAUGGCCUAUUAUAUGCCAAAGUUCAAAGACCCUUUCAUGUGA